ACAUCGCGUCGCUUGUGCAAGUGCGUGUAGAAACGGUUACAAAUGGAAUCUACUUAAUUUAAGUAGUCAUUGCGCUAUUUUUACCACAUAUAAUCAGACGAAGAACGACGUGCAGUGCAAUUGCAAAGGCGAGAUGGAACCACCACACAAGGAUGACGAGCAACAGCUGGUCAUAUUCGUGCAAGUUUUGGGCGGGAUACACUUUCAGGAGGAGAAGCAGGGCCGGAAGAUAGCUCUAACCGCAUCGUUAAAUCAGCAAGUGUUCGAGGCAGUCAGUCGCCGACCGGUCACUCCCGGCUCGGGAACCGCUUCGUUCGACGUAAAGCUGGUCUGGCAGUGUGAUCGAUACACCCUGAAAUCCAUCAAAACCAAGAAUACUCCGAUAAAGCUGGACUGUUACGAGGUACAGCCGUCUGGCGUUCGGUCACCGAUAGGAAGCGUUGUGAUCCCGUUGCGGUCUGUACCGGUCGUAACGCUAUCGCGAAUAAAAACCAUCAAACCCCGCUGGUAUCGGCUGGUUGGCAUCGAGAGUGAGCGUUGGCGACGGAUAAAACCCGAGUUGAAGCUGCUGGUUAUGGUGGCCGACUCCCAGCAUCUUGACCAGUGUCAAACUCGAGACGAUUCAUCCACCCCGGAUUUGAGUGGCGAUGAGCUGCUGACGAAGCGAAGUGCACCAAAGCCCGAAACAUUGCCCCGCAACGUCGAGCUGCUAGAGGAUCGUGGCCUACUGCAGGUCGGCUGCAAAGACACAGAAACGGAUCUAUUUGUGUUCGAAAUUGUUCUCAAAUGUGUCCAACACUUGGACCGGCUUUGCCCCGGGACGGACACCUUUCGGCUGCAGUACGAACUGUUCGGCGAGCGGCACGUGUCCAUGGCGGAGCGGACGAAAUCCGGGUCGCCAGUGUUUGACGUUAAAGCAAAAAUUAGAAUUAACCUGCGCAGCUCGAUCCUAACGCUGGUCGAUUACUUUGAUAAUGGUUUUAAGAUUGCAAUCAUGGUGCUGACCGGGGGUGAAGAGCAGAUCCGAGAACGAACCGUUGGCACAACGACGAUUGAUUUCGUAGGCUUCCUGAAGACAAACCAUGUGAAAGAGUUCAAAGAAAACCAUCCUGCCAAUAGUUACACAUUAGAAGCAGUGCGUAGUUUACCAGUUCACACCACUACUACGAGAAAGGAUCUGAAUCAAAUCGAAGAAAUUGUACCGUCAUUGAAGAUAAAAUUAUCAUUGCGAUGUUUAGGCAGUGAUCGUCCUGUUGCCGUAGAGAAGCAUUUAGAAGCCGCCAAGGAAAGCUGUAUUCCUGAACAAAAUGCUCACAUUGCAAGCACUGAACCUAUAACGAAGCCAGAUUCGCUUCCCAAACAGCUUUCUAAACCUCCAACGCCGGUAACAGAUAAUCCACAUUGUGACGCAGAACGGGAAAAGAUCGAUAUCGAAAGGAUUCUAUUGACGACGGAGCAGAAUCUGCGCGACAUAAGGCACACAUUUGCGUUUCGUGUAUGUGUUGGAACGGUACGGUUUACAUCCGGGCCGGCGUCCGGCUUGUGGCAGCUGGCUUUGCAGCACCCGAAAGCGGACACACCAUUCACGAAGGUCAGGCUCGAGCUGCUACCCGACGUUGCCGUACACGAGGAUCGCAUCGAGUUUGGUGGUGUCACUCUGGAGCUGUUCUUUUCCACUCUGCCGGAUAAGGUGGUUGAUAUAAUCGGCAGCGAACCUUCCAAGCUGACACUAAACGGUCCACACAGUACGUACGCGCUGGCACGGCUAGACAACGAAAGUUUGCUGGUAGGAACGCGCGAACGGCAACCGGCCGGUGUGGUUGUGAUGAUAAAUGAAGCGGGAGAAAAUGUAGCCAUCGCCUCGAUUAGCUGCACACUGGAAGAGGUCGGUUUGAACUACAACAGCCAGCUGGGUGUGGUACAGGAGGAACCAACGCGCCAAGAUUGCUGCCACAGUGCUGCACCACAAACGGCUCACGGGCUAGCAAAACGUUUUGACGCAACGGUCGCCUAUCAGCUGGUGGAAAAGCAAAAGGCAUGGAUGCACGAGCAGCGCCAACAGUUCAUGGAGCAGCUGGAAGAAAAGGAACGGAAACAUCUGCAAGCUCUGGAGCAGAGCUGGAAGAAGCGACAAGCGGAAACGGAAAAGCGACUUGUCGAUCGUUUAGCUCGCGCUGACGCACUGGCAGCAGCGCUGGAGGAAGCGCACCGUAAAGCGGAAACACGCGUGCCGGAAGAUGGUCCACGUGUGAAACAAAUUGAGCAACAGUUCAAAGCACAACUGGAAGAGAUCCGUGCCAAAGCGGUGCGAUUGGAGCAGGAGGCGGAAGCGCAAAUCGAAACCACCCGUCGGCAGUGCAGGGAAUUGCAACAGCAGCAGGCCCAACUGAGCAUCAGUCAGCAGCAGCUGCUAGACAGCAACCGGACGCUUCAGAGCGAGCUGGACCAGGAACGUGCCAGUCGUGCCGCGCUGGAGCAGCAGCUGGAGGAAUUGGCCGAGUCCAAGCAACACUAUAAGGAGCUGUGGGCGAAGCUGACUCGCAAGGUGCACCAGCUGCAAGAGGAGCUUAGUAUGGCCCGCACGCCUUACUUUCAAGCUGCCCCGGCAAAGGAUGCUCGAAAGGGCAGACGCAAAAUAGUCGCCAGUUCCAGUUCUCAGAUGUCGGUUGCGCGGGGCGGACCCCGUCAGGGUGCGGGUGAUUGUUGCAAUGUUUGUGACUGUUCUGAUGGUUCGGAUUAGUGACCAGGUGCCGUGUGAACGGUAAACACAGAACGGAUAUCCUUACUAUGAGACUGAUGUGUAUUUUUUUAACAAAACAUUUGUGCCUUUUGUGGGUUGUGGGAGUGGGAAACAUCGGGGUUUAGAUUGUGAUAAUAAAUAUUUAUUUUUACUUUUAA